AUGGCACCAGCGGCGCGGACAGCGGCAGGCCCGAAGGACGUGGCGCGGGUCACAGCCACAUUACUGGCCUGGGGCACCGGACAGGCUGGCGGCAGUGGCCUUGACGCACCGCAGCUUACCAGGUGGAUAAAGCAGUCCUCAACACUGCAGGAGCUUGAGCGCUUGGAGCAGCAGCACGGCGCCAGCUUCAACUACAUCCACAUCUCGACAGCAUUCAGUAGGGCCGGACACAUCAUCGGCGCAGGCACGCAGGCGACCCGCUUUCACCCGCUGCUGCGGAGGCUGUGGGCGCGCCUGCAGCCACAGCUUGACGAAUGCGGGGAGCAGGCGCUGGCUAACAUUGUGUGGGCUUGUGGUAAGGCAGCGUAUGCAGAUCCGCCGCUGCUUGACGCCUGCCUGAACCGGCUGGUAGGCGAACGAGAAGUGGCGGCGCCACAGGGCUUGGCCAACGCUCUGUAUGGCGCAGCGCUGUUGUGGGGCAAUGGAAUGUACAGGAUUGAUAAGCAGCAGGCGCAGCAGCUGGUGGCGGCCUUGGUGCAGCAGCGGCAGGGUGCAACAUCACAGAACCUGUCCAAUACGCUCUGGGCGGCCGCCGCCAUGGGGCUGUUGCUGCCAGAUCAGCAAGCGCAGCAGCUGGUGGCGGCGCCGGUGCAGCAGCGGCAUGCAGCAACACCGCAGGGCCUGUCCAACACGCUGUGGGCGGCGGCCACCAUGGGGCUGCAGCUGUCAAAGCAGCAGGCGCAGCAGCUGGUGGAGGCGUUGGUGCGGCAGCGGCAGGCAGCCAAGCCGCAGGGCGUGUCCAACACGCUGUGGGCGGCGGCCACCAUGGGGCUGCCGCUGCAAGAGCAGCAGGCGCAGCAGCUGGUAGAGGCGUUGGUGCAGCAGCGGCAGAGUGCAACAUCACAGAACCUGUCCAACACGCUGUGGGCGGUGGCCACCAUGGGGCUGCCGCUACCAGAACAGCAGGCGCAGCAGCUGGUGGCGGCCUUGGUGCAGCAGCGGCAUGCAGCAACACCGCAGGCCGUGUCCAACACGCUGUGGGCGGUGGCAACCAUUGGGCUGCCCCUUGCGAAUGUGGAUUGGCAUUCGCUUUUGGAGGCAUUGGUGGCAAAGGCAGUGACCGCACAGAAUUUUUCCAAUACACUGUGGGCCGCGGCCAAGCGUAAAGCAGACUUUGCAGCUGCGCCGCGCACGACAAUGCAGCAGACAAGGGUUGAGUUGGCGCUGCUGCAGCUGGCGGACGCCGCCGUCAGUCUGCAGCUUGUGGAGGGCAUGACACCUCAGAACAUCAGCAACAGCUUGUGGGCUCUGUCGGAGUUGGGCAUGCGCCCUGACCAGCUGACGUCACUGCUGAUGACAGCCGUGCUGCAGCGGGUAGCAGCCAUGACUCCACAGGACAUCAGCAUCACAGCGCUGGCGGCAGCCAGGCUGGGCUACGUUGAAGCGCCGCUGUUUGAGGCGCUCAUGGCCGCUGCUCAGCAGCGAAGGCAGGAGUCCGCUCAGGACGAACAAGCCAUCUGCAACCUGUGUUGGGCUGUGGUGGUGGCGGACGAGCAGCAGCUGACGCAGCAGGUCGUGGCACUGAGCAAGCAGCUUGCAGCCAGUGGCUUAUGGGAAUCAGGAUCCACGGGAGCCGGCCGCAGUCAGCUGUGGCAGGUGCAUCUGUGGUUGCUGGACUGUAAGCCACGCAGCGGCGGGCUGGCAGGCACGUUGUCGGCGCAGCAGCUGCAGCAGUGCGCGGAUGUGUGGGAGCUGAUGUUGCAACAGACAGCUCAGCAGCGCAGGACAGUGUUUGAGCAGGGUGUGUUAGCAGCCGCGCAGCAGCUGCCAGGCCUGGCCGCCUGCUGUCAGGAGGCACGCACAGACGACGGCGCCUACAGCGUUGACGUCAUUGCGAUGCACACGGCCACCGGGCGGCGGCUGGCCAUUGAGGCGGACGGUCCGCACCACUUUCUGCUGCCGGGCAGGCAGCCUACAGGCGACACGCUGGCGCGCGACAGGGCGCUGGCGGCGCGUGGCUACGUGGUGGUGUCUGUGCCCUGGUGGAAGUGGAACGCGAUGCAGGCGGACGCGGCGCAGCACGCGGCGUACCUGCGGCACAAGGUGGCGGUGACGCUGCAAAAGCUGGGGGCCGGCAGACCGCCAGGGGCAGGGCCAGCAGCGGCUGCCUGA